AUGGGUGUUCAUGUGGUAUCAAAGCUGGAUAACCGCCAGCAUGCGAGUUUCAACCUCGAGGUCGCUGCUCAGAGGGAACUAUCUGAGUCUUCAGUAAGAAUUCGCACGCAACUGAUCAGUCUCACUUCGAACAGUUUGACCUAUGCUUUAAUGGGUGGAUUCCUACGUUGGUGGGACGCGUACCCCGUAUCUGAAGACUAUCCCGCACCAUACAACGACCCAGCAGCAUGGGGAAUCGUUCCAGCCUGGGGCUAUGCCACAGUGGAAGAGACAACCAUUCCAGAAUUACCCAAAGGAACACUUCUGUUCGGAUUCUGGCCCACAACCAACACACCGACCGAUCUCAAACUCAAACGCGGCUUACCAGAAGGCCACUGGAUCGAGACUAGCGAUCAUCGCCAGCAACUGAUGCCAUUGUACAACCGAUAUACGGUAACUCCGUCAUCGACCCCAAUCUCCGACCUGACCACUGCGCUCAAUCCCCUGUCAGAUUCUGCACAGAAUGAGCUAGACCGCAUGGCCUGGACCGCGCUAUUCAUUGGCGGAGUAGCUGGGUACGUUCUCAGCGAGUACGUUUUCUCGUCCAACCCAAACCAACCACCCAUCCAUCCACUGGGAAACCAAGCUGGUUUGCCGUGGACCCAGUCCGACGGGGAUUUGUCGUCCGCGAUCGUGGUAAACUUGGCCGCAUCAACCAACACGGCCCGUGUUUUCUCGUACUACCUGUCGCGAAAACCAGAUGGUUCGGCGCCUCUUGGCUUGUUCCAGGUUACAUCAGGUGUGUCGCGCGUCGCGGAAGCGAGUCGGAAUCUAGCUUCUGUUCCUUCCAAGGCGGUUGGAUAUGGGGAUAUUGGAUCUGAGGAGAAUGCGGAGUGGCUGGCUAGCCGCAAGGCUGAGAAGAUUGUUAUUGUUGACUUUGGUGGUCGUCCAAAUGCCCUCGAAGACACCCUCUCCCUGAUUAAGAAUCAUGCUGAGUUGCAAUCUUGUAAGGUUGUCAUUGUCCAGGUUGGCAAUGAGCAGAAAGUAUACUCAAUGGAGGAGAUGAUUGCUGGAAGAGAAGCGACGGCGAAGCUUGGAAAGGUUCAAUACAACACUUCUGGUGUUCAAGACACGAUACUCGACUCUGUCGACCUGGAAGCCUACUUUACAACAAGGAAUGCACGGUGGGAAAGAUGGCUAGAUGAACGACACUUGAGUGUGCCAGGAAAACAGAUUGUGUUUGGCCGCGGUGUCUCUGGUGCUGAUGGCGUUGAGGGAGGAUGGGAUAGACUCUGUCAUGGACAAGUAGGACCUGAUGAGGGAUUGGUGUACAAGAUUCAGACUUGA